AGCAAAUCUUCUCCCCAUCGACUCCCAGAUUCUCAACAUCUCGAGUCAACAGCCAGGAUGGGUAUCGAUCUCGACCGCCACCACGUGCGCAGCACCCACCGCAAGGCGCCCAAGAGCGACAAUGCCUACCUCAAGCUCCUGGUGAAGCUUUACCGCUUCCUGGCCCGCCGCACCGACUCUGCCUUCAACAAGGUCAUCCUGCGCCGCCUUUUUAUGUCCCGCAUGAACCGCCCUCCUGUCUCCCUGUCCCGCAUCAACUCCAACAUCAGCAAGGAUGACAAGCGCACCGUCGUCAUCGUCGGCACUGUCACCGAUGACAACCGCCUGCUCGAGGUUCCCAAGGUGAACAUCGCUGCUCUGCGCUUUACUGCCACCGCCCGUGCCCGUAUCCUGGCUGCUGGUGGCUCUGCCCAGACUCUCGACCAGCUGGCCCUCGAGAAGCCCACUGGCGCCAACACCCUGCUGCUGCGCGGCCCCAAGAACGCCCGUGAGGCCGUCAAGCACUUCGGCAUGGGUCCUCACAAGCACAAGAAGCCCCACGUCCUCUCCAAGGGCCGCAAGUUCGAGCGUGCCCGUGGUCGCAGACGCUCUCGUGGUUUCAAGGUCUAAGGACUUCGUUUGUUUCGGUCUCUUGGGAUUUGGUGGUUGUGGAUCUGGUGGUCCUUACUCUGAUGGCACGCCUGAAAUGGUUUCCGUAGUCAUGAGAAUAACUAUGGUCCUGUUGAUGCAUUCACGAGGGCGUUGUGGUGGCGCGGGCGUGAAACGGUUCUACCAAAAAGCUACUAUCACUGAAUUCAGGCUCCAUUUCGCCCA